CAAGAGUUCAAAAAUAUUUCCAAGAAUAUUCUUCUUCAUGGAUCUUCCGUAUCUUUAUUUGGAAUGCUGAUCGAGAGGCACAACAAAAUCAUUUCGUUUUCUGCAAACAUCGAGAAGCUAAUCUCCUUUAUGGCAUUGAUGCAAGUUGUUUGGAAUACUUUAGUUAUUUGUUGUCUAGGAUUUAUUAUCAUAGUUUCUAUCCAUAAUGAAAACAGUAUUGAAAACCUGAUUUUCGUAUUAGUAAAAACCGUUUUUGCUUACUUUGUCAUAAUGAUUGAAGCCUUUGUCAUUUGCUUUGCUGGAGAAUAUCUUAGCUUUAAGAGCAGAUUAAUUGCAAAUGCAACAUAUGAAACUUUUUGGUAUGAUAUGCCAUCAAAUACGGGUAAAAUUAUAAUGUUUGUAAUAAUGAGAUCUCAGAAGAAACUAACCAUUACGGCAGGAAAAAUGAUGGAUAUGUCAUUUGAAACUUUCACAAGUAUCAUGAAGGCAUCAGCGUCUUAUAUAUCCGUUUUGAAUGCUAUGUACCAUUGA